AUGUUCUGUAAAAUUCCUAUUUUACCAAUUUCACAAAACUGUGAAUUAAUUUUGACCAAUUUAAUGUGUUCCAAUCUUUCAGAGUUCACCGGAAUGAAAUGUCGGGUUUGUGGUGAUUCACGAGCUGGACGUCACUAUGGGACCAUUGCGUGUAAUGGAUGUAAAGGAUUCUUUAGAAGGAGUAUCUGGGAACAACGAGACUAUGUAUGUCGAUUUGGUGGAAAAUGUUUGAUAGUCCAGGAGUACCGCAAUCGGUGUCGAGCGUGUCGUCUGAGAAAGUGCUUCACAGUUGGGAUGGACGCGAGAGCGGUGCAGUCGGAAAGAGAUAAGCAUAAGAAGAAUCCGAAAGAUGACGAGAGUGGAUCACCAACAUAUCCAACUUCGGCUACGCCAAUUUCCAUCCCCUCCACUUCAACAUCUCAAACACCCACAACGACCUCAUUCAACUAUCAAAAUAUCCCUGGAAUUGUCAGUAGAUCAUUCUCGGAAAACCUAAUAAUGCGAGAUCAAUCCGUUCCGCCCGUCGUCGAACAAUCCGCAUCACAUGCUCAGUCUCACGUACCGCUGGUCAGAUAUUUGAUCGAUUUGGAAAGAGCCACUGAUAAUUUAAUCGAUGAGAAUUGUGAUUUUAUGAGCAUGGAGUUUGAUCAGUUGUGUCGAGUGGAUGUUACGAUUGAAGCGGCGUUUCGACAGCCUGGAGUUGUAGCAAAGAGGACACCGCCCCGCUGGCUCGCCCUAGAACGUCUAACCACCCUAGAAGACGUUCAUAUCGCAUGGUGUCGAUCGUUCGUUCUCUGUCUGGACUAUGCAAAAAUCAUGAAGGACUAUCAAGAACUCUCGCAUUCCGAUCAGUUCACACUGUUAAGGAAUCGAGUCGUUUCAGUGAAUUGGCUGUGUCAUACGUAUAAGACCUUCAAAGCCGGCUGUGAUGGUGUAGCUCUAGUAAACGGAAGCUGGUACCCCAGAGACAAAGAGCUCCAAAAACAGCUGGACCCGGGAUGCAAUCAUUAUUUCCGAAUACUCAGCGAACAUUUGAUGGAGGAUUUGGUGAUCCCAAUGAGAGAUAUGGACAUGGAUGAGGGAGAAUUCGUCAUUCUCAAAGCACUCAUUUUGUUUCGAGCUCACCGCCGCCUAUCCGAAGAGGGUCGUGCUCAUGUGAAACGUGUUCGUGAUAAGUACAUUGAAGCACUCUAUCAACAUGUUCAACAUCAACAUCGUCAUUUUUCUUCCGUUCAAACGUCUAUGAGGAUUAGCAAGAUUUUAUUGUUGCUACCAAGUAUUGAGCACCUCUCCCAACAAGAAGACGACAACGUUCAAUUCCUUGCCUUGUUCAAUUUGGCCAACUUGAACGGACUACCGUAUGAACUUCACUCAUCCAUCAAGCAGCACAUCCCAAACGGUGAUGAUGGGGAUGAUACGCAGGUCAACGAAGUCACCUCCAACAACGAUGGACCACGAAGCAGUGAGAGCAGCAGUCAUACCCCACUAUCAGUAUCCACUUCUCAAUUCCAAGAAUUCAAACCCACAAUGCACUAG